CUCUGAUGAAAUAAAAGGGUGUUUGCUCGGAGGCGCAGAAGGGAUCCCAGCUGGACCUGCCAUGGGGCGCGCAGGCUACAGGGCUCUGCUGCUCGGGCUGGUGCUGCUGCGGCUCCUGCAGCCCACGGCCCAGUUCUGGCUUUUCAACGUGCUCUUCCCUCCCAGCGCCACCCCAGAAGCAGCACCCUCCAACAGCACCCCGCCCGUGGUACUCGUGCCCGCGUGCCUGGGGAACCAGCUGGAGGCCAAGCUGGACAAGCCGAAAGUGGUGAACUGGAUGUGCCACCGCAAAACCGAGGACUACUUCACCCUCUGGAUCAACCUGCACAUGUUCCUGCCGCUUGGCGUCGCCUGCUGGAUCGACAACACCAGAGUGGUGUAUAACCGGAGCACCGGCAAGAUGUCCAAUGCGCCUGGGGUGCAAAUCCGCGUGCCCGGCUUUGGCAAGACCUACUCCGUGGAGUACCUGGACAAGAGCAAGCUGGCAGGUUACCUACACACCCUGGUGCAGAACCUGGUGAACAAUGGCUACGUGCGGGACCAGACAGUACGGGCUGCCCCCUACGACUGGAGGAUUGGGCCCAACCAGCAGCACGAGUAUUUCCAGAACCUGAAGGCACUGAUUGAGGAGAUGCAUGACACCUACCAGAGACGGGUCUUCCUGCUCGGACACAGCAUGGGCAACCUCAACAUCCUCUACUUCCUGUGGCAGCAGCCCCAGGCCUGGAAGGACCGGUUCAUCGCGGGCUUCAUUUCCCUCGGUGCCCCCUGGGGCGGGGCCGUCAAGUCCAUGCUCGUCCUGGCCUCUGGAGAUAACCAGGGCAUCCCGAUGGUCACAAACAUCAAGCUGCGUGAGGAACAGCGCAUGGCCACCACAAGCCCCUGGAUGUUCCCAACCAACCUAGCCUGGCCCGAAUCACACGUCUUUAUCUCCACGCCAUCCUACAAUUACACGUACCGGGACUACCGGCGCUUCUUCCUCGACGUCAACUUUGAGGAUGGCUGGUACAUGUGGAAUGACACCAAGGACCUGCUGAAGGGGCUGCCUCCUCCUGGCGUGGAGACCUACUGCCUCUACGGCAUGGGCCUCCCAACAGUGGAGACCUACAUCUAUGACGAGCGCUUCCCCUAUGAGGACCCCGUGGACGUGGUCUAUGGGGACGGGGAUGACACCGUCAGCACCCGCAGCAUGAAGCUGUGCAACCGAUGGGAAAAGCAGCAGAAGCAGCGAGUGCAUGUGGUGGAGCUGCCUGGAGUGGAUCACCUCAGUAUGGUUUUCAGCAACCAAACACUAAGCUACAUCAAUGAGAUACUGCUGGGCAGCUUGCAGGCCCGUGCGGAGGAGCAGGGAGGGAAUGGGAAAAAGACCCUCUUCCCACCCAACCCAGAGCCAACACGGGCCAGGAAGAACCUCUCUGGUCAGAGGGCCACUAAGAACCCCAAAAUGAACUGAAGGCAGCUGGGGUCAGCUUUGCUUCUGACUGGCUGCCCUCCAGCAAAGGGUUCAAAUCCGAGUGCCCGUGGAGGGCAAAGCAGCACCCACUCCUGCUCUGACUGGCUUUUGUAUUGUGAAUGGUGAUUAAUUACACAUUAGAGGCUUGUUAUUUGCAUAUUAGCAGAUGGGUAAUUAACUACAUUGCCAGCUAAUUCCAUCCCGCUGGCAGGUGUCACCAUGACACUGCCAUCACUGGCCUGCUAGUGUAACGCCGACAGACCCUGGUUGUUGGCAGGCGGGAUCGAACCUGGGACCUCUGAAGUUUAGUGUAUGAGCCUCUACUGCAUGAGCUAAAAGCCACGUGGCUCUUAGCCAAGGCUGUAGCAGACUCAUUAAUCUUCAGGUGGUCUAGGGGCCACUAGCCAGAGACAGAGCACCACACUCACCAGGCCACUUUGGCCACAGGGCAAUCCCAGCCUGUGCCAGGUCUGAGCUCUGCCCCCUUGGUCCCUGUGCUGGGCUCUGCAGCAGGCAGGCUUGGAUUUGCACCCAAGAAAUCUGCGCCCAAGGGGCGCUGCAAAGCAGGGGCCUUUGUGGGGCCUCACUGAGAAGCUGAGCUGUUCAGCUCAAAGAGAAUGAAUCCUGCCCUCAUCCUAGAGCUGGAGAGCCACAGGCAGCUGGGUAACUGAAUGCAUGUGCCAGGCCCUUUAAGGCCUGUGAAUGAGGCUGACUGCAGUGAAGGGCCAGUGCCCCACGUCUGGGGUGCCACCAGGCUGUGCACAGGGACCAAGGGGAGCAACUCUCCCUUGUAAAGACAGCAUCUUCCACUGCACAAAGGGUCCCUGUUCUCUGCAGUAACUGUGCAAAGUGCUCCGCUUCCAGGCAUGCCCUUAUUGCCGGCUGCAGCGGGCACACACCUCUGGGGCUGGGCCUUUGCUAACUGCUGCCAUCACAAGCCCAUCAUCACUAGGACUAGCGGGAAGAAUUGCUGCAGGAGACUGAGAGCUGCGUCUGGCCUGUGAGAGAAGCACCUCCCUGGAAGUAUCCACUGGAGCAGGGGGCUAGCCCCUGCAUAAGUACUCUGAGGCCAGGCUAGGAUCACUCCAGCCAGCCCAGGCCAGGGCUUGCAGAGCAUGCACCGGCCUUGACGUGCUUGCCCAGGGCACUGAGGAACACUGCGUAAACACCUCUUUGCCAGAGGCGCCCCUGUUUCUCUCUCCGAAGGUGUCGGAGUCCCAGGAGAGCCUUGCAUUGGGCACUCAGCAUACUGAUGAGAGGAUCCAAAUGCUGAAUCCCCGUGAGCUUUAAGCCGCUGGAGUCUGAACAGAGCCCAGGCACUGCCUUUACUGGGGGUCUCUAGACCCACUCUUGGGGUGCAGAUCCUCUGUCUUAGCACCCCCUCACCAUUGCUCUUUACUAAAUUGCACACGAAAUGCACAGGUCUAUACAAAAACACUAAACCUCCAUGGGUUUCAGAGUGGCAGCCGUGUCAGUCUGUAUCAGCAAAAACAAUGAGGAGUCCUUGUGACACCUUAGAGAUUAACACAUUUAUUUGGGCAGAAGCUUUCGUGGGCUAAAACCCACUUC